GAGAACGGCCCAAGCACGAACAACCUGACUAGAAAGUGGUACACCAUUUGCUUUGCUUGCGCUAGUUACUGACAAUUUUUCACAAAGUGUGGUUCUUGUUUUGUGCAUCAAUAUUGUUUCGACCUAACUGUGUUUUUUCCUUCCGGAACACAACCGCUCCAGAGGACCGAAUUUCCAUGCGCGGUAUCGCAUGAGAAACAAGAGAAAGGAAGAGAGAUGAAUUGAAUGAUGCAGAGUAAAGUGAUUUUUACAAGCUUCCUAACAACAUUGGGUACGAGAGUACGAGUGAUGGUGGUGUAAAAGAGUCAACAGCACGUUUUCAAUUCUAACUAUGUACAGCUAGCUGCCACAAUCUACAUCGUGGAGCGUUUUCAUUAGAAGCAUGCUUUGUAACACUGGCUGGCGGGAAUCUAAUAGGUUCAAAUAUGUUAGCGAAAGUGUAGUACAUUAUUUCCCAAUGUAUAGCGGAUUUUUCACGUGAGUUGUAAGAAUGGUGCGCAUAUUGGGUUCCAAGCUGUUCGCCAGACUGUUGCUGCUCAUAUCGUCCAUCACGCUAAUUUCGCUGAUGGUACUAACUCGCUGCGGCUUGGGAGGACUAAUUGUAAAAGAAAAUGGAUCAAUCGUUAGCGCGUCUGCUAGCGGUGCUGAAGCUGAUGCUGAAAACUACUAUCUUUCUGAUCGAAAACCACCACCAAUGGCUGUUGAAUUCUCCCUACAACAGAACCAUUACCAAGCAGAUGUUGAACAACAGCAGAACGGUUACAUGCAAAUGCUGCAACAACGUGAAGAAGAAAACCUUAAGGAGGUAGCGAAACUGACCGCUGAAAUAAAAGCGUUGAAGCUUCAGAUCUUGCAAUUGAAAAACGGGCUAACCAACGCCGGAAUGGGCAUGGUUCAACCAAACGUUGUUGAGGCAGCAGUCUCUUUGUCAAACGAUAGUAGCGCAAUAGUUGCUACUGCUCCUCAAACAUCGCAAAUGUUACACGACUGCACGGCGUUCAUACGACGUCAAGUUGGUUCAGCCGAAAUACUGCACGGCUUACCUCUAAACAAUGAGUACGAACUAAUCCCGUUCAACCACUUCACAUUUAGCCGUGUUUAUCCAAUCGAGCUUGGGUUAGGAAAGCGAGUGGUAGAAAAACCAAUCGGCUACAAAAGAAAAGAUAUUCUAAGUGCACUGAAUAAGGCGCUGGAGACGCUCAAUCGUAAUGCAAGUUCGUCAGCGCAGCGUUACACUUUGGACGACUUUAUCGAAGGUAUUUAUCGAAACGAGCCAACUACUGGUACACAGUACGAGCUGUACUUUCGCACGAAGGAAUCGGCUAAUCGCAGUCAGCAACAGCAACAGAUUGCACAGCAUCACGAAUCACAUGGUACUACGAAGCUUAUAGUCAUGCGACCUUUUGCCUCACUGCAGACAGUCCAACUGGAAGCGUAUUCAAAACACCAAGAAAAGGAAAUAAUUUACAUUAUCCUGCCCUUGUCCGGACGCAUCAGCACGUUUCAAAGCUUUAUGGAGAAAUACGUAAAGAUCGCGCUCAAACACGAUAAACGUGUGCACCUUACUGUCGUGUAUUUCGGCGAGGAAGGCUUAGCUGAGGCACGUACAAUUAUGAGUAGAGUAAUCGGAAUGAAAAACAGCGGAGCUACUAACUCUAAUUUGAAGCUGCUCGCAUUAAAUGAAACGUUCUCCAGAGCCAAGGCGUUGCGAGUGGGUGCAGAAAAUGUGUGGAGUUCACAGGCAGAUAAAAACAACGACAUAUUAUUAUUCAUGUGUGAUGUAGAUAUCGUUUUUAGCGCCAAGUUUCUAGAUAGAUGUAGAUGGAACACCAAGCCAAAUAAAAAGGUCUAUUAUCCAGUUGUCUUCAGUCUCUAUAAUCCUCAUGUCGUGUACACACUACAGGGCAAAGAUGUGCCUCCCGAGACUGACCAGCUAGUCAUUUCGAAGGAUUCCGGAUUUUGGCGGGAUUUUGGUUACGGUAUGACUUGUCAAUAUCGCUCUGACUUUUUACGAGUUCGAGGCUUUGACGAGGAGAUCAUUGGUUGGGGUGGAGAGGAUGUGAUGCUUUAUCGAAAGUACGUGAGAUCACAUAUAAAGGUGAUAAGAGCUACCGAUCCUGGAGUCUUUCAUAUUUGGCAUCCGAAGGUGUGUACCGGUCCAGUGAUGUCCGUCACCUCAAAUCAACGGCUUACUCUCGACCAAUACCGGGCCUGCAUUCGGUCACGAGCACUCAAUGAAGCAUCACACGCACAACUAGGAUUUUUAGCCUUCCGGGAUGAUAUCGCGGCCAAUGAAUACAUAUUAGCACAGGGUGCCAAACUUAACCAAGAGUCAUCUACGACCAAAACUAACCUUACUCAUCCGGAUAAUCCUUUCGUUCAUAGUCCCACGAAUUCCAUUAGAGAUAGUGUAAUGGUUCCGAUCGGUUCGAGCUGGACACCAAAUAAAGGCAUCGACAGUAAGAAGGCCACAUGAUCGUUCAUGACAAAGCAUCAGGAGAGCAUAUGGAGGAUGGAAUUUUAGCAUUGAGGCAAUAACAUCGAUCAUGAUCCUUUGUAUCCUCUUCUGAAUUUGACAACUUUAAUUAAUUUUGUGUAUAAUCCCUGAUGGUAAAGGACGGAAAGAACAAUACGUGUGUCAUCUAUUAUGAUUACUCAUUUCACGCCAAAUGUACAAUCCUGACAUGCCGAUCGUUGAAGGAUAUUAUCAGUAGGGAUUCAUGUGCAUAGCGCUGUACAUAACACAGCGAGUAAGGACCUUUUUUAUUCAGUAGGAUGCUGAGAAUUCAGUACGAGGCUGAGAAAGUAUGAAAGGAUGCUGAGAUUUUUUUUUAAUUAUAAAAGUGUCAUAGGCGAAAUCUUCUUUGAAGUUUACAUUGAUAUACGUCGUUGGAUUGAUUGUUGGCAAUGCAUGAGUUAAUUUAAAUACUCAUAAAUAAAAUAUAACUGGAAAGAUACUAGUGCGAUAGUUAAGAAUGAGAAAGAAUUUACACUUGAUUAAAUAUGUUUGCUUUGUUAACUUACUUAGCAGUAUCAACCGCGAUGGAUUAUUCAGUACUAACGGCUAUUUUGCAUUACUUAUUAAAUAAUAGCUUAUAACUUGUUCAAAUCCAAACAGUUUUUGCCUAGUUUUAAGUAGUAAGACUAGUAGCUACUCACAAUUUGCAUUACCUAUUAUGUUUAUUUUUCAUGUCUUUCCGGAAUACAUGAUGAUGUAUGCUGUGUGUGAGUGAGAAAAUUUGAAUAGUGCGCAAAAGAAAUGUUCUAACGUUACAACAGUUAUACAAUUAUCCGUAGGAGCAUAGAAUCGUAAAGAAACAAACAUGCCACAGUACAUUCAUUCAAAAUUGUAUUUUCAAAUGAAGGCCUUUGAAACCUGAGGUUUGUUAGGCAGUAUGGGCACGUAUACAUCACUAAUUUUCCAUUUUCCUUUAUUUUGAUAGUGACGGUAAUCAUAUCAUAGGGUAUGGAAAUUGUUCAAAGAUGAAAUAAAAUUGAAAAUUGAAAUAAACAAGAAUAGUACAUCCGCUGUCGAACUGUACAUACCAUUCAAUUGUUGCGUAAAACUUUAAGAAACAUAAAAUCAACGAUCCGUAAAUUUUUACGAUAAUAGUGUAGACCGCCACAUAAAUACGGCAUACUUCUUUAAUUUUCCUAUAGAUAUGUUUAACAAUUUCCCAACAAAAAAGAAAAACGCAAUCGAUUGUAAUUUAUUGCGCUAUGAAAGAAAACAGUAAGCGAACUAUCAGUACUAAAACAGUUUAUAAUUAUAAUUGCACAGAACAAAGCCAAAGAUGAAUAACCAGUUAUAAAUAAACAGACAUAAGGAAC